ACCCCCGCUAUCUUGCUCUUUUCUCCUUUCCUUGGCUGCGUCGACUGGCCCUCGACUGCGCACCCGCACCCCAUCACGGCCCUCCUUCGGACAGAUCGUGGCCAGGCCAAACACCGCCGCCAUGGCCAACAACGACAAUGCCAUGGCCCGCUUCCUGUUCGCAAUCCUCCAGCAAAAGUGUCUGAAGGAUAUCGACUGGAACAAGGUGGCCCACAACCCGAUCCUCGCCCAGGAGAUCACCAAUGGCCAUGCCGCCCGCAUGCGCUACUCCCGGUUCCGCGCCGCCAUGCUAGGCCUGGAGCCUCAGCGCCGGAACCGUACUAAUCCCGACAAGUCGCGCGUCUCCAAGAAGAAGAAAGCAGACGGCGUCAAGCCCAAGAAAGAGGACGAUGAUGAAAAGAAGAGCGGCAGCGGCAUUGGCAACAUCAAAACCGAGAAGACGGCAGAGGCCAACAGCCCAACCACGAUCAAGUCCGAAGGACGAAGCAUCGCUCCUCCUGCACCGCAACCAUCCCAGCCCCCGGCGCCCAUGAUGACACCGGCGAUGCUGAAGACCGAGGCAAGCCUCGAUAACCCGUUCAACCAACAGGGGAAUCCCCCCUCGAUUCUUGCCGCCGCCGCCUCCUCUCCGAGGAUCAAACAAGAGCAGCUUCCGCCGCCGGCUGCCAGCAUCACGCCUCCAAUGCCCGAGCCGACCACAUUUGGCCUCGUCUCCACUACUCCGGCGACAAGCUCAGCGUCCUCGACUCCGUAUGUCGACAGUCAUCACCGCAUGCAAAUGCGGCUGUUAACCCCCUGCAGCGACACCGACCCCGUCGGCAUCCAGGGCUUCUUCCCGCAGAGCCCGGCCCCCUCGACAAGCGACCUGCUCCACAGCCAGCACCACCACCAUUCCCACCAUCAUCACCACCCCACCGUAGGCGCAGGCUCCCCCCCGCUCUCCGCCGCCGCGCCAUCGCCGUACGACUUCUCCCAGUGCCUCGAGGCAGCCGGCCCGCCCUCCCCAUGGCACUCGCAGCAACCACAGCAGCAGCACCACCAUCCCCACCACCAGCACCACCACCACAGUCACAGCCAGGGUUCGCCGUCUCUCUACUCCUUCGGACCUACACCUGGUACUACUACCGGCACAGCCGGCGGUUUUACUACCCUAGACGGCAGCGGCUACAACCCGUUCUGCGCCGACCACCAUCAUCAUCACGGCCACGACGAGGACGCGGACCACGUCGUCGACCCGCUGGGGCUGCACGCGGGCGCGGGCAUGGGCAUGGCUUCAAACCUCUUCCGCGAGAGGGAGUUUGAGAUGGAGAUGGACCGUGCUACUGCUGCUGUUGCUGGUGCUGCUGGAACUGGUAGUGGUGGUGGUGAUGGUGUUCCGGUGGGGAGCCAGAUGGUGAAGCAUGAGCACGGGUGGGACGGGGCGUUUGGGGGAAUUUGAGCGCAUGGAUGGGUGGAUGAUGGCGAGGUGAGGGCAUUGGGGAAGUUGGUAGAUUGGGGAAGGCGGUGGCUUGGAUGACGAUGAGUUUGGAUUGUUGCUCCCUCUGCUCUUUUGUCUCCGCGCCCUGGAUCUGGUUUG